GGUUCCAGUCGGGGGCGUGGCGUUCUUGUUGUGGCAUUUAGCCCCGCCUCCCCCAGAGGAGAGCCGGCAUCUGCCGCUGAAAGCCGGACAGAGGCUUCCGAUGCUGUGUUGCCCGAGAAGUCCUGAGCGAGCCGAGUGCUGCGCGGAUACCGUAAUUGCCUCUCUUUAUGCGCGCUGGGAAAAAAGUUAUUGAUACAGCACACGCCCGGGUGGCAGGGAAUCGAGCUUGUAAAGGCGCUUUUAGUUAUCUCCUGGGGAGGUUUGCGCUAACAAGGUUGAAAAACAAAUGGACCAAUGUCUUCCCCAUUAAGCAGCAGGUAGCAUCCGGAGGUGGGAGCUUGCAAAAAGCAAAGCACGUGACCUGCUCAACUGCCUUAAAGCUGAUGUUAAGCAGCACACAAACACACGUAAAUGGAAGACCUGGAGACACGCAAAGCACGUAGGAUAGAGCUGAUGGUAGCAAAAUGGCUGCGUCGGUCACGAGAUCAUUCAUCCAGAGGGAGAGCAUCAGUGAGUGACAGACCAACAGAUGUUCUUAGUCACUCUGUAAGCCAUAUAAAAAUCACAGUAGAUGUUCGAAAAGAUAUACUUCUUGGACAUUACGGCUUUGAAGUUUCCCAGAAUCCUCCCCUUCUUAUCACAUCGGUUGCUGUGGGCAGUGCUGCUGACGGGAAACUUCUGCCAGGGGAUCAAAUUCUUGCAAUAAACAAUGAAACAGCGGAAGGUGUUACUGGUGAACAAGCAGCCUCUCUUUUAAGGGAAUCAGAAGAAUCUAUCCGGUUCACAGUUCUCCGAUGCAUCUCGGGUGGCCCUAAAUCAUCCUUUCUUACUGCGGAGAAAAGAGCCAAGCUAAAGACUAAUCCUGUCAAAGUCCGCUUUGCCGAAGAAGUAGUUGUGAAUGGACAUACUCAGGGAAGUUCUCUUCUGUGUAUGCCUAACGUUCUUAAGGUGUACUUGGAAAAUGGACAGACUAAAGCUUUUAAAUUUGAAACUCAUACUACUGUCAAGGACAUUCUUCUCACUUUGAAAGAAAAGCUUUCCAUUCGAAGCAUCGAUCAUUUUGCCUUGGUCUUGGAAGAGCAGUACAAUGUGUUGAAGAUGUACCUUCUGCAUGAGGAUGAGCUUAUUGAACAGGUAGUUCAGAGGAAAGAGUCUCAUAAUUAUCGGUGCCUCUUCAGAGUUUGCUUUAUACCCAGGGAUCCACUGGAUAUGUUGCAGCAAGAUCCUAUUGCCUUUGAAUAUCUCUAUUUGCAGAGCUGCAGUGAUGUGCUUCAGGAGAGAUUUGCAGUCGAGAUGAAGUGCAGUGUUGCUUUGCGGUUGGCUGCAUUACACAUACAAGAGCGGAUUAUCACUUGUGCUCAGCCACAGAAAGUUUCUCUGAAGUAUAUAGAGAAGGACUGGGGAAUAGAAAACUUUAUCUCUCCAACUUUACUCCGAAACAUGAGAGGAAAAGACAUCAAAAAGGCCAUUAGCUUUCACAUGAAGAGGAAUCAACUUUUGUUAGAUCCAAGACCAAAGCGUCUCCUCUCGGCAGCACAGGUGCGACUGUGUUACCUGCAGAUUCUUGGAGAUUUGAAACUCUAUGGAGGCAAAAUCUUCAAUGCCACUCUCAUGCUGCAGGACAGAGAAUCAUGUAUUGCCCUCCUGGUGGGAGCCAAAUAUGGGAUCAGCCAAGUUGUUAACAACAAGCUCAACAUUGUCACCAUGCUGGCUGAAUUUGCAAACAUCAGCAGACUGGAGCUUACGGAAGAAUCGGACAAAGUAAGCAUGGUAAAAAUCUACCUCCAAGAUAUAAAGUUGCUGACUUUACUGUUGGAGUCUAACAGUGCGAAAGAUCUGGCUUGUCUCAUUGCUGGCUACUACAAGCUGCUUGUGGAUUCAAGUAGUUCCAUAUUUGUCUGGACAGACAGAAGGCUCCAAACACAUCGCUUGUCCGCGGAGGAGGGGUAUGAAUCGAGAACCUGCAGCGACUCUGAAGAAUCUUCUGAACCAGACUCCUCCUUGGACCGGUUUCCAGACACUCACUCCACAAAGUACAGCAGCAUUAGCCCCCUGCUUGAGGAAGGAGAACAGGACAAGCAUGAACAAGAAAGGAAGGAGCUGGAGGACAAAGAGACUGUGUAUUGCAAUGGCUAUGACAACACAAAUGAUAGCUUGUCGGACGCCUCAGACUCAGCCAACACAGAGAGCCGGUUAAAGACUAGUGCUUCAAGCGACUCUCUGGAUGCUCUGGAGGAGGACGAUUUGCAAGCCUGCUCCUCAAGUAGGCCUGAGUUUUUUCAUUUCUAUACCCCCACUCUUCAGGAACUUGCAAGCAAUGGCAAGACCUCCAUGGGUAUAGACAGCGAAGAAGGAAGUAAAGCAACUCAGGAGUAUAUCUUCUCUUUCUUCCCACCGCCCCACAUACCCAGUCCUGUGCUUCUACAGCUGGAGGCAGAACCCAGGACAGAAAGUGAAACGAAUGCUUCUGCUCUGGAGUCCAAGCUGGCAGAGAGUAACGUCAUGCAGUAUUACAGCCUUUGUGCCAACAUCUCCCCCACCAGCAGCGGAGAAAAGACCACCUGCAGUGACAGCUCAGAGCGUGGCUCUUUGAAAGAGCUGCAGGCUGAAGCCGAUGAAGAUGAGGGGACUGGCAGAAGAGAGACACCUGGCUUCAUCUUGGCUCCUCCCCCUGGCUUUGGAGAUACCAGUUCAGAUGAAGAAUUCUACGAUGCAGCAGAAAGGGUAGCACCAGUGGAGGCUCCAGCAAGUUCUGAAAGUUUGCCCCUACAGAGUGUACAAGAUGUCACUACCACAAAGGUGCCCUCCUGUUGCGGCUUGAGUCAAAACAUUCUGUCAAGACAAAGUAGAAGAGCAAAACACAGACCAGAAAAGGAGGCAAGGUGUACCAACAGCCUGAGGAAAAGAAGGUCCUUCCUACAGACUAACUAUACAUCACAAGUUACUUUCCCCAUAGCUUCACCUCACUCCCCAGAGAACAUUGACAGCUUGUGCUAUGACAAAGAACCUGGCCUUUCAGAUACUUUAUGUUCAGAACCUGUAGUUUCCUUGAGGGACACUAAAAGAGACACUGAUCUUGAAACCAAAUCGCUGGUCCAAUUAGACCCGUAUAGAGCAACCAAGAAUAUAACCCCUUCAUCUGAGUUGAUGGAGAUGGAGCCUGAUACCUUAGAAACAAAGACAGUAACUGAUUCAGUUGCAUCUUCUAUAUCUGCCAUUCGUCUUCUAGGUACCCAGGAAGCUGCAGAGAGCUCAGAUUUCAACUCUAGCCCCCUCUACACAGAGAAGCCUGAUACCUCUUUUAUCUCCUCCCAUACACAUGAACAUAACAGCUGCUUAAAGGUGUCAGGAAUCUCCUUCCGGGUGGAAGGCCUAAACAAAAUUGGCCAUGAAAAAACAGAAGAUCCUACAGAAACAUAUUCUGGUGUUGAGAAACAUUGUAUAGCAGGUAGAGAACCUCAUGUAAAUGAAAUAUCAGAGAACACAAUGAGGACAGCAGAAUCUACACCUGAAAUAGGAGUCAGUUACGUAUUGAUUGAGGAAAUAAUACACACAACUACCAAACCCUCCCGAUCUCUGGACAGGCACCAAGGCAAACAGUUGACUUGUGUGCCAACCUCAGAUCUGGAUCCUCUUCCUGCUGAGAAAGUGGAGAGAGAUGAACAGCUUGUGCUAGGCCCCUGUGAAAGAGGAAUCCGUGACCCCCUCUUGCACAAAUCAAGCCAGGCAUUUGGAGGCUUAUUGCUCCCAGAAAAUACCAGCAAGAUGCUGACUGAAGACUCAUUGCGGAAAUCUGAGGGUCCAAACCAGCUGAGUUUCUCAAAUGACACUGAGCUGCUUCCCCAUUGUGAUGAUCCUUCAGGGAUACAGACUCACCUCUCUGGGGUUUCUUUUAGUUCAUUGACUAAUUGCACAGAAACAUGUCUGCAGUCGGAUGACAAAUGCUGGAGAACUGCUGGUCAAAGUGUCCCAGUUGUUAAUAGAGUCUGUUUAAAAGAGGAUGAUUUGCUUUCAGAUGGCCUGAGGCAAGGGCCACACCAUCCAUCAGCCUUAACUGCUUAUCGGAAUACAAGCCUUUCUACAGAACUGGCUGGUGUCCAGAAGUCAGUGGAAAGAAACUUCACGGGCAAUGCCUUCCACGUGGAUUAUAAAUGCAAACAACCCAGGCCACAAACUGUUUCCGUGGAGAACAUGGAACAGAAAAAAGCGAACAUUUCAGAUGGCCUGGACUACUUUUCACUUGCUAGUUUCUGUAAAUCUGCAGGGCCCAGUGAGAAAAAUGGUGUUUCAAAUCAAACAUUUCUGUAUUCUGACUCGACAGAAGGUGCUAAGGCACCUGUAAGCUGCAACAACACAGGCUCUCCAGCUUUUACAACUGCUGAGGCGCUCUCACCAAAUCAUAAAAUGGACAGAUGCAGUUGCCAGUUGACUUAUGCCAGUUGUUUCCGUGGUCUAGAUAAUGAGGCAGAAUUAAAGGACACCAGUCCUCUUGAAUGUGGCACUUCUGAGAGGCCAUUAACCACCCCACCCUCAACAAGAAGCCCACUGUCUUUAGAUUGUAAUCCUACAAGACUCAUACAAGAAUGUAACUAUGCUAAUACUGACCCCAAGUCUGGUAAGAAUCGCAGCUGGCUUCCAGAAUCUCAUAUUGAUGCACUGAGAUGUUUAAAAGAGACAGUGUGCGCCUCACCACUUGACUUUUCUCACUUGCUAGAGAACGUGGUAGAACUACAGGAAAUUUUAAGGAAAUUUGGGGGGAAUAGAAGGAAACACCCUCGAGAUAAAUGCUCAGCCCAUUUUUCUGAAAACAAAAACAUAUUGUGCAUGGAAUCCCAAAGAUUGACGUCCAGUUGCCAGAAAGUUAUCAAAGCAGAUGGGCCUUCCACAGAGAUACAAAAUGUCAUUCAGGAGACCUUCCAGAACCUUCUCCAGCUGACAGAUGUGUGCUUUCAGUUCACAAACUGCAGCCUUUGUAGUAGAAGACUCAAAGACCUCACAAUCAAUCUGAAGGAUCUUGUAUGUAACUACCGCCAGUUUGUUCAGGCAGCUCAGCAAGCCUGUGAGCAGGGCUAUUCUACCUUGAGUGUGAAACUACUUGUGUGCCAGUAUACUGCCCUCACAGCAGCCCUGUUCUGCCUUGUUCAACAAUUCAGGGCAUCAUCCUGUGUGUGAGAUGGAGGAUCUUGUCCAAAUGACUCUCCAUCCUUUUGAUAGGGAAGUACCCAACCAAGUGUCUGCCACUGAAAUAUUUCCCCACUAAAAAUAGCUCAUGAGCAACAGCUAGGUUGAAGCGAGUAAUUGAGCAGUUUGGUCCCAUUCUUUAAUGGAUUUUAACAUUCAAGGGUUAAAUGAGUUGAGGAGUGAGUUAUCCUGCUGACCUCAUGUAGAAUCCUAUUUUGGUGCAUGUCCAACUUGCUUUCUCUUGUGCCAUAGAUAAAACACAAAAGUGAUUAAUCUCUCGAGUGAUUCAAGGUCCUUUCUGUUAUCAACUGCAGUUGUAUGUAUGCAGUAGCAAGUAUCCUUAACUGAUGUAUUGACAGUGUUCUCAUGUUACAGCUUUGGUGUGCCAAUUUGUGCAGACGACGACUAAGCCUAAAGCGAGUACACCCCAGGAGUCUGCAUGUGGGGAGGGAUCUGGCUUCAGAUGUUUAAGCAAGGCAAACUGGGGUGGGUGGCCAAAGGCAGAAGUGGCCAAUCACCAUUUAAUCCAGGCAAUUCUAAUGUAGGAGAUUGAGUGUGUCAGUUAGCACAGUGGAUUCCAGGUCUUCUGCCCACGUUGCUGCCCUAUCAAUGCACAUAGCUGACAGGGCCCAACAGAGGAGGAAGAGUGGCUACACAGUCACAUGAAGCAGAUGAGUCUCUUUCCUUGUGCUCAUGGCCAUGUGUCACAGUGCCACUAUUGGGUACUCAAGAGGCUUCUUUCAGGACAUCUCACUGGAUUUGCAAUACAUUUUAGAGGAAGUAUCUUAUGGACAAGUGUUCUGAACAUUCUGUGCUAAGUGGCCAUUAUCCAAGAAGCAAAGUCGUAUCACUACGUUUACCCUUCCAUAAGCUGUUAGUAGUAAAGGACAUGUGUAUCUUCCUGUAGGCUUAACCUCCAGAGGACGUGCAUGUGUAUGCAUACCUAGCACCACCUUCAUCCAUUUCAUGCAUCUGACCAAAAAAGCUGUUGUCUGUUGAAGCACAUGCCACAAUAAACCAGUUAGUUUUA